AUGUCGGCCCAACUCGGCACCACGACUACAGUCACGUUCCAUAAGCCCGGCACGACCCCGCCGGUCUUUCUCGCAGGCUCGUUUGUCUCUCCAUCGUGGAAACAGCCGCAGGAGAUGUCAUACGUCCAUGAGAGAGACUCGGAUGGAGAAAAUGUCUACAUCUUUUCCAGCACCGUCCAUGUCGCUCACGGCCACGAUUACCAGUACAAAUUCCGGAUCGGGCAAGGACCCUGGGUUCUCGAUGAGACUAACCACGUAGCUACGGCGACGCACUGA